CAAGUCCGGGAGGUAGACUUUUGUCAUAACUGUACACGGUGUCUCUCCACUUUAUCAACUUUAAAUGGAGACUACAAGGAGUUUGGACCACUUUUAUUCCGUACUUUUUGUAGUAUUUCUACUCUGUAAUCGUUGAUGAUUUUGAUAAACAAUUCAUUUUCCCUCGGUGUUCUCAGGAGGAUCGUAUCUGAUUUCUUAGAGUGCAGCGGAGGCACUGAACUCAGGGGAAUGCCUGUGUUUUCUUUUUUACAGCGUUUAUGAACACCGACUGUAGAAAAUAAGUUGAUGGGUCUGUUAGAGGAGUAGCUUUGGUGUCGGACCCAGUAUAAUUACCAAGCUAUAAGCGAAGUAAGUCAACGGUCCAUUUGCUUUGGUUAAUAAUUAGAUAGACCGGUGUACUGAAUUUAACAACUUCUUCGAGAUUUAUUUUUCGCAACUCCUUGGUUGUAAAACAUAUUACCCAACUUUUUGGCACUGCACUAUCAUCCAACAUGCCUUAUAACUUUCCGGCGGCAACCUGUAACUCAGCCUUUGAAGUUCAAGUCUUUGCUUUUCUGCGUUUUUUGUGGAAUUAUCCAGAAAAUGUGGCGCCCACAGGAUGUGCUAUAUCUUCUGACGCUGUUUGCCAACUCGCAAAAUGUGAUUGUAAGGUACAGUGACUGGUGUACACUGUAAUAUUAAUAGUAGUUUGGAUACGGAUGAAGAUUGAUACACUGUUGCCAGGACCUGCCCUUCUUCUGGGAGAGGAUACAGCCGCUCAAACAUAACGCAAACACGUUACAAAUGAAGACAUUUGUUGAGUAUCUCCUGAAGACCAGGCUGCUGGAAAACCAAUGCACACUUCAAGCUCCAACACAACACAGCGUGUCUUCAUGGUGCAUUUGAGCGUGCAAUGUUUCGCGACCCACAUCAAUAACACUGGAUAAAAGUUCACUCAAGCUUAUUGUAUCUCGGAAGAUAUUCUGUAACGAAGGCUUUGUCUCAGGUGGGCACAGCAUUUCUAUAACGUGUAGAGUUUGAAUAUUAUCUCUGGUGCUGAAUGGAAGUUUUAGGACAUUCACGCAUGAGUUAUGAUGGCAGUCCUCCAGCUUUAAAAGUUUGGAUUGUAUCAGUUUAGUCGUCGAGGCGGAAAGAAGAAGAGGGGACGUAUAAAUAUAUACACAUAUUUUUUCCGUUUGUCUAUCCGCGGCGCUUGCCUGCUUUGAAGUCCACCAUGUGCGGCCGGGCACCACCGCUAAAGCCGAGGCCAUGACCGUCCCCCAGCGGCGCCUGGCCGGGCUCUGGCCGUGGCUGCUCAUGGCGGCCCUGCAGGUGGUGCUGGGCCAGCCGGGCCUGGAGUCCGAGCGGCCGGCCCUCCGAGCGGUCAUCAAGGUGGCACUGCUGAAUCACGAGCCGACGGGAAAGCCCAUCACUCUGGAAGGGGUGUUCGUGGGAGGAAGUGCCGGCUACGCGGAGGGAAAACUAAUGCAGUAUCACCCUCUGUCUCUGUGUAACACAAGCGAGGAUGAACGGCAAGAGAAUGACUUCAUCACCAUUGUCAAACUGGAGCACAGGGUACCCCGCUGUCUGCCGCUGCUCGAUAAGGCUCGCAUGGCAUUGGACAAAGGAGCUCAGGCUGUAAUCUUUGAUGUCAGUGAUGAUGCCAAUGCUGCUGCGGAGCUGCGAGACACAGACUCCCUUCCCCGUCCAGUCGUGCUGGUGGAGGCGGAGCAUGCCGAGGAGUUGAUGGGUUUGGUCAACAAGAACGAGGAGGCCAAAGUUCGUAUUGAUAUCCUGGUGGAGCCGCCCAGAUGGCCACACUACGAUGUGGGUAUCCUGCUCACCAUCGUCCUAGCUAUUCUGUCCAUCGUCCUAAUCUUCGCUUUCCGCUACAAGUGCAAGUCCAACAGGACCUGGGACUCUGUCCAUCAGCAGACCAUGCGGGCGAUUAGUCGAUUGGAGACCAAAGCCUACAGCUCGCAGGGCUGCUCGGGCUCUCAGCGCCAACGCGCGGCCUGGGGGUCAGCCAGCAGCUCCAACUCGAGCCCCGUCUGUGCCAUCUGCCUUGAGGACUUCCUGGACGGGCAGCAUCUGAGGAUCAUCUCCUGUGCUCAUGAGUUCCACAAAGAGUGCGUCGACCCCUGGCUGCUGCAGCACCGCACCUGUCCUCUGUGCAUGCACAACAUCAUGGGGACAGAGCGGCAGCCCCAGAGGAACAGACUGCAGCAGAAUCCAGAGCAAAGCCAGGGUUUCCUGCACCCUCAGCCUUACAGCAAUCCACACAACCACCCCUUCCCCCAGCACGCCAUCCCCUUCUCUAUGAGGCCCCACUAUCCUCGUGGACCCUCUGGACCUUACCCCUCUCUGGGCCACUACACUGGCUCUUCUCCCGUGGACGCCCAAACACUACGUUUCCUCACCAGCAGGCCGCUUGCCACCGCCUGUGGGUACCACCUUUCUUCGGAGGGUCCGGGGAGGCCCCACAGGAUCGGAGGUAACUGCAGGACUUCCACCCACCACUACACCCCUCGUCGGCCCUGCCACAACUAUCGCUCAUCCUGCCCGGCCCAGCGCAGUGCAUCCAGCUCCAGACUGCACCACACCGCCUCUGCUACACAACAGCCCCGCGGAGCGCCGGUCCACAGCCGGCAGGAUGACGGCAGCUGCUCGGGUGGCAGCUACCACACAGAACGCAGCGGAUACUUAGCUGAUGGACCAGCGAGUGACUCCAGCUCGGGGCCAUGCCAUGGCUCCUCCAGCGACUCAGUCCUCAACUGUACUGACGUGUCCCUGCAGGGGGUUUAUGGCAGCUGGUCCACCUUCCGUAGCUCUCUGAGCAGUGACUAUGAUCCGUUUGUGUAUUAUGGGCCAGGUCCUGGGCGCGCCCCCCGCAGGAACAGCCUGGAGGCAGGUGCCCAGGCCCGGCCCAGGUCUCUGGAUUCUGUGGUGAACAAGGCGGGCUGCCCCGAAGAGCAGCCACAGACUGUGUUCAGCCACAUCCACUACCACCGCCACAGACACCACCACUAUGAGGAGGGGGAGCACAGUCAGGGCCCGAGCAGAGGCUCGGACGAGGAGCAGGGGGCCGCUGCUGCGGCUGCUCCUGCUGCUCUUGUUCUGGACAAAGACUCGCCUGUGUGCCCUCCUAAGCACAGUCCCUGCCAGUGUCCAAAGCCAGAGCCCACAGACCGGCCCAGUCCUGGGGCAGAGUGUCAGGACAAUGUCCCCAGCAGCCCUACAGGACCUCCAGUCCUGGUGUCCCCAAUCCCUUUACAGCUUCAGCCCCACUGCUGCCACCAGGGACACGGACACCCUCCCGCUCCUCUUGGGCGAGUGGGUGGCUGCGUGCUCGAUGGCCCCUCAGUUCGCUUCCACCAGAGCCUAGAUCUGCAGGAUGACCGGAGCAUCCACAUCCACUACGGUCAGGGCCCGGGCUUCUGCUGCUCUCCUCCUGAGCUGCACCCCGCAUUGCUCCCCGUGCCUCUCAUUCUGGACUCUGGAGGUAUGGAGGACUGGCCGUGCUAUGCCGGGGCCCAUGUUGUGUGGCAAAAGCGGGUGCAGCAGGCCCGCUCAGAGCCCCAGCUCUUGGGUCCUGGAACCUCUAUGGACAGGCCUCCCUGCAGGUUCCACCACGGCCCUGCUGCUGACCGCAACACAGACAUUUGUUUGUACUGCCAAACAUUACACCACAAUCAGGGAUCAGAAGAGGAGUCUGGUGUGUGAGAACUUGUUGCAUCCCCCAUUAUCACGCUGCUACACAGGAGCCAGAAUGGACAAGCUUCUCAUUGGUUAUCGCUCUCAUGUCUUCCACAUAAUUCCACCAGCAAUGCCUUUGUUCAGACGAGUCCCCAGCUUCCCCCAGGAUUCAAAGCUCACACGCUGAAAUGCUCUUUUGGCUGAGUUGGGUUGAAAUGAUUGUGAGUAAAUCAUGCUCAAAAUGUUGAAUAAUGCUAGACAGAUACAUUGAAUGAUUUAAAAGUGUGGGAGCUGCUGGGGAAACGACUCCUACACCACAAAGGGGGAAAAGUGUUUUUCCGUGUUUCUUCUCAUCAGUGAUAUAGGAAGAACAUUCAUUUUUGACAUGAUAUCACAAGUUCCCAUGCUCCUUAGCAACGAAUGAUCCUUGCUUAGGGUGUUGAGCCCUCGUGAAGUGAGACUCCAUCUCUGCAUCGCUCACUCUAUUGCAAUAAUAACUUGAUUUAUCUUAGAGGUACUAUCUUUCACUCGCGUGAUCUUCGUCUUCCUUCGCUGAGUCCAGUCUCAGCUGAGAGAAGCUUUUCUCUCCAGCCUACCUCAGCUCAGAUUUCUUAACAUGCCUCACACAAGGGGUCUUUAAAGGUACUGCUGUAGUGAUUAUUAUUUUUGUUGUCACAACCAUGUAGCUCCCAUAAACUCAACAAAAGGUUUUCCUCUUGGCAGUCUGACCUGUCCAACAUGGAGAGAAAGGUUGAUGCUCAGCCCCUCAAACAACGAGCAUUCACUGAGGUAGCUGAGCCUUGCAUGGGCCUUGUUUUCAUUCUUUCAAUAAUGGCAGCUGUUUUCAACAUGUUUGUUUGUGUUUUGGAUCUUUUUUUUUUGUAGUCUGUAAUUUUUUUUUUUUACCUUUCAAAAUGAACCGGUUUGACUGAAUUAUGUCGUCGUCAUUACAAGCUAUUGUCUUGUUCUCGUCAUUUCUCUGGCCGUUAAACCAACUGAUCAGUGCAGAGUGAACAGGCCUCUAAUCCUUUAACCCCUAAUUCAUCACAAUGUUGUUAUCCUCCAUAAAGGUUGUUAUUCUAGCAACUGAAGCUCUAGAAGAAUGUUCUGCAUUGCAGCCAUUGAGAAGAGAUAGAGACUAUUUAACCAUAUAACUGGAGUAAAGCCAUGCACGGAAGACCUUACAGUCCCAAGCAUAAUCUCAGUCUGUUGCCGUAGCACCAGUUUAAUAAAAGCUCGCCGUGCUUUUCCCCAUGAUUUCAAACUGUAAUGGGUAGAGCCUGAGAAAUGUCUCAGGAACAAUCAAACACUGGAAAAAUGGGAAGAAUUCCUCUUAGUUACAAUACAGUACGGCAGCCCUGAGAGGCCCGAGAGAAAACAUUUCUGCUGAUCCAUUUUCUAAGUCUGAUAUAAAUAGUUUUCUCUCCUAUGUUUAUGAUUUAAGAAUAAUGCAUAAGGAUUGAUAAUAAGGAUAAUCAGCCAAAAAUGAAUAUUACAACAACACUUGCUCUAAUAAUCCUGUUUCACAGAUGAAAACGUUUUUUAAAGGAAUUUGGAAAGGUGCCAAGUGUGCUGUUUAAAUUUUUUUAAUAAUACACAUAUGAUCAUAUUGUGUAAAUAAUCCAGCGCCUCUUAAAUCAUUUGCGUUUCUCUCUGUUCUCUCUGUAUUUACAUCAGACUUGGAAAAUGCAUCACCACCAUUUGUUUUCCUCCCUUGCGUCUCAGGGCUUCUGUAGUAAUGAUACCCGCAUUGGUAAAAGAUCCUUUGUCGUGGUAAAUGUGCAUUGCCAAUCCCUGCAUUUGCGGCUUUGAAGGAAGAUCCACCUUAAAUCAGAAAUCAAAUACAGCAUUUAAAAAAUAAAUACAAAGUUUUAAUUCAGGUAAAUAGUUUCAUAUUUUUUUAACUAUCUAUCAAAACUUAGAAAUCUCUGUUGCCUACAAUUCCCUCUCUUCUUAUAUAGACCACUCCGGCAAAAAUUCAAUGUUGUAGAUGCAAGUCAAAGAUGGCUCUGUUAUUUUGGGUUUAACCCCAGACUUCUUCACUGGGCUAAAUAAUCAGAGGUAUAGGAAUUCUGUUAUAGCGUGGACUUUCCCUUAAAGGCUCAGUGAAAAUGUGAACAGAUUUUUCUCAGCUGUCAGACUUCAGAGACAGUUUAACAGCAGACACCGAGCUCAUGGGUUUUGCAAUGUAACCAGUAGCACUUACUGAAGCCUCAUAUGUGCCUUAUUCACUCAAAAUGUUCAUAAUCCUCAAUCAGGAGCCUCCCAACACACUAAGCUCUUACCUGUCGUACCAAAGAGGCAAAAUCUUGAACACAGUGAACUUACGACACAGUGUGUGUUGUGACUUCUUCCUGCUUCAGCCCUUUCCUUAAAUCUCAGAAUGAAAUGUGCUUUCUAUGACAAGAGAGAACAUGGCAGAAUUGUAAAUCAUUUUGGAAUCAAUAUUUUGGACAAUCAUGCAGAAUUUUCAACUGCAGUCCCUUGUACUAAUACCUCACUGUGUAUGUAUCAGCGCAGCGUCCUCCAGUUAAAGUAUCAGGGUUUCCUUGUCUGUUAUUAUUGGUGCGCAAACAGCCUGCGAGACAGAGAUGGAAAUGACUGAAUUACAAGCAGCACUUUGACUUGAGCAGAUUCUCUCAUUUGAAAGAAAUAAACAACAUAAAUCUUUUAAAUAUUCAUUUAAAACAAGCCCCGAACCAUAAGCAUAUCAAAAAUGAUGCCGCAGAAUAUCUGAUGUGAUUUCAUCCUGUUCAAGAUCUUUCUCUUUGUGUUGUUUAUGUGUUUGUUUUGUUAUGUUUUGCAAGAAUAAUGAGCUGAAACUGCCUUUUCUACUAAAUCCCUCCAGAACGUUAGGAGAUAUGUCAGUAUAUUUUGGAUACUUUGUAUACAAAAAGAGAACAAACAAAAAAACCAGAAAUGAAAUAGUGUUGUAUUUUAUAUAUAAUAGAACAUUUCAAUAUAGUGACAUGUCACUAAUAUAUUUAUUUACUAAUAUAUUUAUCCAUUUUGUCCAGGUUUGAAAGAGUGGUUUCUGUAUAGACUGAAUGUUUCUAUAUGGAAACUGACCAGUGCCAUCACAGAUGUAUCAACCUGUCUUCAUUCCAAUUAUAUGCAAAUAAAUUAUUUUGAA